CCAGAUGACUGUAGAUUCAAGGAUGUGGCGUGCCACGAGUGUAAUCGAAAGGGGCACAUCGCGAAAGCAUGCCGCUCUCGCAAGCCAGGAGGAAAAGGGGCCGCGCAGUCAGCGAUGAAGGGACAGUGCAACGCUCUCAAGCACGCGGCGUGCCAAGCCAUGCAUUCGGUGAACCAGGCACAGUGCGACGCUCUCAAGCACGAGACAUGCCACAGUGUCAGCGCUCACAAGCAGCAGGCGAGCCGUGGGUGCAACGCUCCCCAGCGCGAGAGAGAUCCGGUGUGCAACGCUCCCCAGCGCGAGAGAAACCCUGAUUCCAACGCUCCCCAACAGCGCAGCAGUGACCAUCAUCUCCAGACAGGUGGUGGCUGUGCCAAGCUGCAGCUCCGCGACGGCGCAGAGCACGACUGUGUGCCAUCCAAGUGCACAGUGGAGGAGUCGAGCAUCGACACCAGUCAGACUUUUGAUGGUGGAGGUUUGGACUUGUUUGCAAUGGACACAAGUACAGGUGACAUUGUGAAACCAUAUAAUGUGUAUGUGAGUGUCAAUGGUGCUAAAGUGAAAAUGGAGGUUGACACUGGCGCAGCCGUGUCAGUGAUAUCUGAGGGUCUGUACCAGCGCAGGUUUAAGUCAGUGAAACUUAGCCCAGCUAAUUGUGUACUGAAAACCUACAGUCAAGAGUCACUGAAAUUGAUGGGAAAAUUCACAGCAAAGGUGAAAUGUAAGGAUGUGACCAAAAAGCUAGACUUGCUAGUGGUGAAAGGGAAGGGUCCUGCCUUAAUGGGGCGAGACUGGAUUAGCCAGCUACAUCUAGACUGGUCAAAAGUCAACAGAGUUGCUCCUGAAACGGUCGACAGCGUGUGUACCAGACAUGCGGCUGUAUUCAAACCUGGUUUAGGAAAGCUCAAGGGCAUUGAAGCAAAGUUACAAGUAACUGAGAAGGCCGUGCCCAAGUUCUGCAAGCCGAGAAAUGUGCCUUACGCACUUAAAGAAGCUGUGGAGAGAGAAUUGGCAAAAUUAGAAUCUGAGGGGGUUAUUUCGCCAACUAAUUACAGUGAAUGGGCAGCUCCCAUAGUCUGUGUACCCAAAAAGGAUGACAGUGUACGGAUAUGUGGAGACUACAAGGUUACAAUUAAUCCUUGGUUGAACGUGGAACAGUAUCCACUACCCAGAACCCAAGAUUUAUUUGCUAAAUUAGCUGGAGGUCAGCAAUUUACCAAACUUGAUUUAUCACAAGCUUAUCAGCAAGUGCAGUUAGAGGAAAACUCAAGACGUUACCUCACUAUAAACACGCACAAAGGGUUGUACCAUUACAACAGACUACCUUAUGGUGUUGCCAGUGCGCCUGCGAUUUUUCAAAAGAUAAUGGAUCAAGUACUUCAGGGCAUGGAUGGUGUUAUCUGCUAUUUAGAUGACAUAUUAAUCACAGGAAAGGAUGCAGACAGUCACCUAGCUAACUUGGAAGAGGUCCUUAGGAGACUAGAAUCUCACAAUCUCAGAGUAAAACAAGAGAAGUGUGAAUUCAUGAAAAGCAGUGUGUCUUACUUAGGACAUGUCAUUGAUGCACUGGGCAUUCAUCCGAUGAAGGAAAAGACAGAUGCGAUUCAGAGAGCCUCAGUUCCGAAAAAUGUGACUGAGCUCAGGUCGUUUCUAGCACUGCUAAACUACUAUGGGAAGUUCAUUCCUAAUCUGUCUACUUUGAUUCAGCCCAUGACAGUGCUACUGCACAAAGAUGUUGAUUGGCAAUGGUCAGAUACAUGUCAAAAAGCAUUCGAGAGUGCCAAGCAAUCUCUUCAGUCAGACAAGUUGCUAGUACACUACGACCCUGAUUUACCGCUAAUAUUAGCAUGCGAUGCUUCUCCGUAUGGAGUUGGUGCUGUAAUCAGUCACCAAAUGAAAGAUGGAAGCGAGAGACCGAUCGCCUUCGCUUCAAGGAUGUUGACAAAAACAGAACAAAACUAUUCACAAAUAGAGAAGGAGGCUCUUGGUUUAGUUUUUGGCGUUAUGAAGUUCCAUGAAUACCUUUACGGUAGGAAAUUUCUGUUAUUGACAGAUCAUAAGCCUUUACUAAAAAUCUUAGGACCAAAAACUGGAGUUCCUACUCUAGCCGCAGCGAGGAUGCAAAGGUGGGCUCUAAUCUUAGCCGCAUAUACCUAUGAAAUCCAAUACAAGAGAUCAGAGCAGCAUAGCAAUGCGGAUGCGUUGUCUAGGUUACCUGUGAAACCAAGCGUGAAUGUUGCAUCUAAUCCAGUGUACAGAGUUGCAUAUCUUGAAGAUUUGCCCGUCACAGCUAGAGAAAUAGCUAAAGAGACCGAUAAAGACCCUGUGCUGAAGGUAGUUAAGCAACUGGUGUUGACAGGAUGGCCUAAGCACAUACAGGAUGAAACACUGAAGCCUUAUUUUCAGAGAAAGUAUGAGCUCACUGUUGAGGAUGAUUGUCUAUUGUGGGGAUUACGGGUGGUAGUUCCAGAGAAAUUGAAGGAUAGACUAAUGUCUGAGCUUCAUGAACAUCACUGGGGGAUAGUUAAAAUGAAAUCCCUUGCCAGAAGUCUCUUCUGGUGGCCCACAUUAGAUGAGUGCAUUGAACAAGAAGCGAGUAAAUGUAGUGUGUGUCUGCAACAGCGUAGCAUGCCUGCCACUACACGUGUACACACUUGGAAAUGGUCUUCUAGUCCAUGGGAGAGAAUACACCUUGAUUUUGCAGAGGACCACAAGCAGAUGUUCUUAGUAGUAAUGGAUGCUUAUGCUAGAUGGCCUGAGAUCAUUCCCAUGCAUACUACUACAUCAACGAAAACAAUUGAGGCACUGAGAACCUUGUUUUCAUCUUAUGGUUUACCAAAAGAAGUGGUGACAGACAACGGGCCCCAGUAUGUGUCGCAAGAAUUUGAGUCUUUUCUUGCUAAGAAUGGAGUGAAACACAUUACUUCACCUGCAUAUCACCCUGCAAGUAACGGUUUAGCUGAGAGAUUAGUGCAGAAUCUUAAGAAAUCACUUGCAAAGAACAGAGCAAUCGGUGGUAUGACACUGGAGCAUUGUGUAGCUAAUUUUGUGUUUGGUUACAGAAACACACCCCACACAACCACAGGCAAGACGCCAUCUGAGCUGUUUCUAAGGAGACAGGUGCGAACCAGGUUAUCUCUCAUUAAACCUGAGUUUUCCCAAAGAAUGCAAACUGAAACUGAACCAAACCUUCCUCGUGUUAGGUCUUUUACUGUUGGUCAGCAGGUCUUGGUAAAGAAUUACAGGGGAGGGGAGAAAUGGUUGAAUGGUGUCAUACGUGAAGUGUUGGGUCCUGUGACUUACAAUGUUGAAGUGAAUGGAAAAAUUGUGAAAAGACAUGUAAACCAAAUGUUGAGCACUAAGGCAAACCCUGCUCAGUUGACACAAGAGGAUUCUUGUGCAGCUUUGGACUUUGAGGAGUCCGAUACAGAGACUGACAUGGAACAGCCUAUGCCAGUGGCUGUGGAAGCGCAACCCACAGUACCUUCACCAGCGCCAGUGGUGGAGCGCCGUACGCGUCCUGUGAGAAACAGGCGUCCUCCUGACAGACUGAACUUAUAACUGGACAUGUUGAGUUGAAAAGAAGAAAAAGAUGUGAAAAAGUGGAAAAGAAAAUGUACUGAAUGUGUACUGAUGUUUUCAUGUUUGUUAUGAGUUCAAGCACUAAUGUACCUUGUUAAGGAUAUAAAAGAAAUGAGGUAUUGAAAAGUAAUAGAAGAAGAGGUUAUGAUUUACAGGGGAGGAACUGUGGUGUUCCAACACCAGGAAUAUUAUUUUGUGAUGUACUCUUAUUUUGGUACUGGUGAACAAUGUAUUCUUAUUGGCUGUUCUGGGUGGUACAAAAGGUACUGCGCCUCUAGGCGCUCCCUCUCUCCUGCACCUGCCGUGUUAGGUAGUGCACCGAUGUACAGUGGCUAUGGUUAUCAAUAAACCCAGUAAGUGUUAUCUUGCAUAUCCGCCUUCGUGUUCUUCCAGUUGUCUGCUUAAGCAUUAAUUAACUACGUGUGUAGCAAUACACCACAGUGAUAUUAAUAUUUCGUGGCAAAAAAUAUUAUUUUUACUGUACAUUCUUGUGUUUUUCAUCUGAAAGUCUUGAAGAGUUGUGGUGAGGGUAUGGUAAGACAAGUCUAUGUCCAUGGCACUACUGUACAGUAGAGUAAUGGUUCUCGACCUUUUCGAAUAAAUGCCCCCUUGACCACGUCAUAAGCCUUCCACCCCGCCCUUGCAAAGAACACUAUGUAUUAAUUCCUUAAUUCUUUAAUUUCCCUCAGGAUUAAUAAAUUAUACUCUCUAAUCUACUAAUGUCAUAGUCUCACAGAGACACCAAGUGGUGAAAAAGCAGAAUGACGUUCCAGGCCUUGACUACACGUAUGUGUGGAUAUGUAUAAAAAGUGCUUAAAAAAAUCUGUUUACAUACAAACAUGGCAUGUGAAUA